GAAAAUCAGUGGCACUAGUUUAUAUACUCAAGUUUAUAUAUAUAGGUUUUCUCUUAAAAUACGUACACAUAUAUGAGGCUAUUCGGAUUAAAGAUAAAAUGGGAAAUUUCUUUUCUUUUUCUUUAAAAAAGAAAGGAAAAGGAAAAUACUCCCCGUACAUUACAAUUCCCACACACAACAAAGACAAAAACAAAUGAUGAACACAAACCCAAAGAACAAAUUAGGAAGCCUCCGAGUGAGAUGAGAAACCUUCAACUUCACACUUCAAUACAAAUUUCUUCACUACUCUUUCUCUUCUUGUUUUCUCUCAACAUUUAUUCAGUAACUGCUCAUGUCUUCAUCUACGCAGGCUGCUCACAAGAAAAAUACUCUCCUAACUCACCCUUUGAAUCCACUCUCAAUUCUUUCCUCUCCUCAGUCGUGAGCUCCUCAUCUCAAGUCUCUUACAACAGCUACGCAAUUGGAAAUGGGACCUCACCAACAUCCCAAGAAGGCGUCGUUUAUGGCUUGUACCAGUGCAGAGGCGAUCUGAACCCAACUGACUGCAACAAAUGUGUUGAAGGUGCUGUAAACCAAAUUGGUCUCGUCUGUCCUUACUCUUACGGAGCUUCUUUUCAGCUUGAAGGGUGUUUUUUGAGAUACGAGCGCAUAGAUUUCUUGGGAAAGCUUGACACGAGUCUUGCUUACAAGAAGUGCAGAAAAAGCGUGAACAAUGAUGUGGAGUUUUAUAAACGGAGAGAUGAUGUUUUAGCAGAUUUGCAAAGUGGUAUCGGGUUUAAAGUUAGCAGUUCAGGGUUGGUGGAGGGUUUUGCACAGUGUUUAGGUGAUUUGAACCAGGCUGAUUGUUCUUCUUGCCUGGCUGAUGCUGUUGGAAAGUUGAAAACUUUAUGUGGAUCAGCUGCAGCUGCUGAUGUUUUCUUGGCUCAGUGUUAUGCUCGGUACUGGGCUUCUGGCUAUUACGACUCCUCGUCGUCAGAUUCCUCCAAUGAAGAUGAAAUGGGAAAAACAGUAGCAAUUAUUGUGGGAGUAUUAGCAGGUCUUGCAGUUCUAAUUGUUAUUCUCUCAUUCUGCAGAAGAGCAAUGGAAUGAAACUAGAAGAUUAAUGGAGAUGACGAGGAUCCCACCAGCAAGAAAGAUUUGAUUUUGUUAUUAAUUAGAACGUUGGUUAAUUUUUAAUAUUGCAGUGCCAUCUUUAAUUACAUCAUUUGGUUUUUUCAAUUAAAAAGAGGACCAACGUUUAUCUUCGUCAAAUUUUCUUAUUUUAAUUAAUUUAUUAAGAUUUCAAAAUUUGUAAUCAUAUUUAGAAUCUGUGCCCCAUACGCUCUUUAAUACAUAUUUAUAAAUUUAU